AGGCCCCCGGGCGUGGAGGUGGGGGGCUGAGGCCCCCGAGGGGGCCCCGCUGCGAUGGGCAACCUGGAGAGCGCCGAGGGGGGCCCGGGCGAGCCGCCUUCAGUAUCGCUGCUGCCGCCGCCCGGCAAGAUGCCGAUGCCUGAGCCCUGUGAACUGGAAGAGAGGUUCGCCUUGGUGCUGAGCUCCAUGAACCUGCCUCCCGACAAGGCCCGGCUCCUGCGCCAGUAUGACAAUGAGAAGAAGUGGGAUCUGAUCUGUGACCAGGAACGGUUCCAGGUGAAGAAUCCUCCCCACACUUACAUCCAGAAACUCCAGAGCUUCUUGGACCCCAGCGUAACCCGGAAGAAGUUCAGGAGGAGAGUGCAGGAGUCAACCAAAGUACUGAGGGAGCUGGAGAUCUCACUUCGUACCAACCACAUUGGGUGGGUGCGGGAGUUUCUGAAUGAUGAAAACAAAGGCCUGGACGUGCUCGUGGAUUACCUGUCCUUUGCCCAAUGUUCGGUCAUGUUUGACUUUGAGGGUCUGGAGAGUAGUGACGAUGGUGCAUUUGACAAGCUCCGGUCCUGGAGCAGGUCCAUCGAGGACCUGCAGCCACCCAGCGCCCUGUCAGCCCCCUUCACCAACAGCCUCGCUCGCUCUGCGCGCCAGUCUGUGCUCCGGUACAGCACUCUCCCUGGGCGCAGGGCCCUGAAGAACUCCCGCCUGGUGAGCCAGAAGGAUGAUGUCCAUGUCUGUAUCCUUUGCCUCAGAGCCAUCAUGAACUAUCAGUACGGCUUCAACCUGGUCAUGUCCCACCCCCACGCCGUCAAUGAGAUUGCACUCAGUCUCAACAACAAGAAUCCAAGGACCAAAGCCCUUGUCUUGGAGCUCUUGGCAGCUGUGUGUUUGGUGCGGGGAGGUCAUGAAAUCAUUCUUGCUGCCUUUGACAAUUUCAAAGAGGUAUGCAAGGAACUACACCGCUUUGAGAAGCUGAUGGAGUAUUUCCGGAAUGAGGACAGCAACAUCGACUUCAUGGUGGCCUGCAUGCAGUUUAUCAACAUCGUGGUGCACUCAGUAGAGGACAUGAACUUCCGGGUCCACCUGCAGUAUGAGUUCACCAAGCUGGGGCUGGAGGAGUUCUUGCAGAAGUCAAGGCACACAGAGAGCGAGAAGCUGCAGGUGCAGAUCCAGGCAUACCUGGACAAUGUGUUUGAUGUGGGAGGCUUGUUGGAGGACGCGGAGACCAAGAAUGUGGCCCUGGAGAAGGUGGAGGAGCUGGAGGAGCAUGUGUCCCACCUCACGGAGAAGCUUCUGGACCUAGAGAAUGAGAACAUGAUGCGUGUGGCAGAGCUAGAGAAGCAGCUGCUGCAGCGGGAGAAGGAACUAGAGAGCGUCAAGGAGACUUACGAGAACACGAGCCACCAGGUGCACACCCUGCGGCGGCUCAUUAAGGAGAAGGAGGAGGCCUUCCAGCGCCAAUGCCACUGGGAGCCUGGGGCGCGGGGCCUGGAGUCCGCGGGCAGCGAGGCCCUGGCCCGGAUAGGCCCCGCAGAGCUGAGUGAGGCCAUGCUGCCCUCCGAUCUGGACCUCCUGGCUCCAGCCGCGCCGCCCGAGGAGGCCCUGCCUCUGCCCCCGCCGCCAGCUCCUCCCCUGCCCCCGCCCCCACCCCCGUUACCAGACAAGUGUCCCCCAGCCCCACCUCUCCCUGGCGCUGCUCCCUCUGUGGUGUUGACAGUAGGCCUGUCAGCCAUUCGCAUCAAGAAACCUAUUAAGACCAAGUUCCGGCUGCCUGUCUUCAACUGGACAGCACUGAAACCCAACCAGAUCAGUGGCACUGUCUUCAGUGAACUUGACGAUGAGAAGAUCUUGGAGGACCUAGACCUGGACAAAUUUGAAGAACUGUUCAAGACGAAAGCCCAGGGCCCUGCCCUUGACCUCAUCUGCUCUAAGAACAAGACAGCGCAAAAGGCCGCCAGCAAGGUGACCCUGUUGGAAGCCAAUCGUGCCAAGAACCUAGCCAUCACCCUACGCAAGGCUGGCCGCUCUGCCGAGGAGAUCUGCAGGGCCAUCCACACGUUUGACCUCCAGACGCUGCCCGUGGACUUCGUGGAGUGCCUGAUGCGCUUCCUGCCCACGGAGGCCGAGGUGAAGCUGCUGCGGCAGUACGAGCGGGAGCGGCAGCCCCUGGACGAGCUGGCGGCCGAGGACCGCUUCAUGCUGCUCUUCAGCAAGGUGGAGCGGCUGACCCAGCGCAUGGCUGGCAUGGCCUUCCUGGGCAACUUCCAGGACAACCUGCAGAUGCUCACGCCGCAACUCAAUGCCAUCAUUGCAGCGUCUGCCUCUGUCAAGUCCUCACAGAAGCUGAAGCAGAUGUUGGAGAUCAUACUUGCACUGGGGAACUAUAUGAACAGCAGCAAGCGAGGAGCUGUGUACGGCUUCAAGCUCCAGAGCCUGGAUCUGCUGCUGGACACCAAGUCCACUGACAGGAAGAUGACCUUGCUGCAUUUCAUCGCCUUGACGGUGAAGGAGAAAUACCCAGACCUGGCCAACUUCUGGCAUGAGCUACACUUCGUGGAGAAGGCCGCGGCAGUGUCCCUGGAGAACGUGCUGCUAGACGUGAAGGAGCUGGGCCGGGGCAUGGAGCUGAUUCGGCGGGAAUGCAGCAUACACGACAACAGCGUCCUUCGGAACUUCCUCAGCACCAGCGAAGGCGGGCUGGACAAGCUGCAGCGCGACGCCAGGACGGCUGAGGAGGCCUAUAAUGCAGUCGUGCGCUACUUCGGCGAGAGUCCCAAGACCACACCCCCGUCUGUAUUCUUCCCAGUAUUUGUCCGAUUCAUUCGUUCUUACAAGGAAGCAGAACAAGAGAACGAAGCUAGAAAGAAGCAGGAGGAGGUAAUGCGGGAGAAGCAGCUGGCUCAGGAAGCCAAGAAACUGGAUGCCAAGACCCCAUCUCAGCGGAACAAGUGGCAACAGCAGGAGCUAAUUGCAGAGUUGAGGAGGCGCCAGGCCAAGGAGCAUCGGCCUGUUUACGAAGGGAAGGAUGGUACCAUUGAGGACAUCAUUACAGGCCUCCAUCGCCAGCCCGUUGUCAUUUGCCACCAAGCCAGGAGUGCCGCACCGCCCAACAGCCCCCCUCGGGCUCCAGGCCCCCACUAAGACCCCCCCCGAAGGCAGAAGCACUUCAACUCUCCAACCUGUGCACCUGGAGCCCUGGAACUGGCCGAGGGCACAGCGCAGGGCUAUGCUGCUCUCGACCCAGUGUCCACCCGCGUCUCAAAGCUGUACGUGCCUGGCGCCACGUGGGGCACUGGGUCUUUUGGGGCCUGGCACUUCCCUGGUGCCUCCAGGACUGCACUUUGGCCCCAGGGUCUUCAACUUCAUUUCCUGACUGGAAGGUCACCAAGGGUCAGCUCAGAGCUGGGAAAAGUCAUUUCUAGCUUUAGCCUAUACAGGGGCCCACAGCCUCCUCUGUCACUAGGCCAGAGGGACAAGCGGAGAAAGCAGUUAUCCCUUCUAUUUUUUUCUCCCUUCCUUUUCGCAGGCCCAUGAUCAGCUGUGGUCUGGAAGUAUCCAGACUCAGGGAGCCCCAGAACCCUACCAGUCUCAGAUCGUCUUUUACCAGGAGCAAGGCCCACCUAAGCCUGGUCCCCACCCAGCUGUGCCCUGGUGAUAAGGGUAGAGGAGAGAUGCCACGCUUACUGCCCUUGGCCCUUUCCACUCUAGGCUGACUGUUGUUGGGUGGGCAGAGGGUAGAGGUUCUCCCUGGAUCGCUAGAGAAAGCACCCUCACCUCCUUUCCACGGCUAGGGGUUUUUUAGCAGGAGACGGGGGGCAUGGCGGUCUUAGCUAUUUGCUCAGUCUCCUGCCAGUUUCUCCUCAGCCCCUGCAGGGGAAUACAGGAACCUACUUUCUGUACAUGUACCACCUCCCUUCUCUCGUGUACAUAAAUCCCAGACCUUCCCUCUCCCAACAAAGGCUUGAA